AGUAACUACGGCCAUCAAACUUUUCGGUGGCCAUAAAAUAGAGAAAAAUCAAAUCCAUAUGAUAGAUUUUCGCCUUUAGACAAAAAAAUUAACACAAAAUUUCAAAAAAUCAUAAUUUAUAUAUUUAUUCUGAUAGCAUAAUCUUCAAUAUUUAUAUGGUUAUUUAUUUCCAACAAAAAUCGAGUUUGUAGGGCUGGAUCAAAGUCGUGAUAAAUGUUGACAUUCAAUAUGGCGGUAUGUCGUCAGUGCUAUGCUGUGUCGUGCUUGUGAAUAUCGAGUUAAACACGUAUAGAUAGCAACAGAGUUAUACGAAUCUACCUUCAUCCAAGCUAAUGUACCACGAGCUCCGACUCAGCAAGCAUUGAAGACAUCUGAGGAUUUAGCAUAACAUAAUCAUAAGUAGUUUUUAUUUUGCAACAUUAGUGGUUUUGGUGUAUAAAUUGUGACUUUUACGUUAAAGACUUCAUAGUGUUCAAAUGAACACAAAAGACUAAAAGAAAAUGUGAUUUGAUGUAAAAAUUUGUAACCUCUACGGAAACUUAACACCACACAACAUUCUGUGAUAUAUAUCGGUACCGUAGGUACUGAAAUUUUCGACCUGUAUACAAGGAAGCUACAGAAGACCAAGAAUGUCCAAUCCUCAGUGGAAGAUGUUCCAACCGCCCGAAACACACUCAUCACCCUUGCAAGACAUUUUAGAUCUCCAGCAUUCUAAUAUGCAGCCCAAAGCAUCAUACCGUAAUGGUGAGUACCCAAGUUCACCAAGGGAUAAUUACAACGGUCAAUCAAAGACUGGUGGUGGAAACCGCUUCUCUCUUGGUUACAAUAUUGAUGGCUGUCCAAUGGGCGACUCAGUUUAUUCCUCUGGCUCUACUAACAAUUCCUCGUCUCAACAAUAUGACUCAAUGAAUCACCCACCUAUCAGAGAGACCGGCAUUAUUGAAAAACUUUUGCACUCCUAUGGAUUUAUUCAGUGCUGUGAGAGACAGGCUCGGCUGUUCUUUCACUUCAGCCAAUUUAGCGGUAAUACUGAACAUCUGAAGAUAGGAGACCCUGUUGAGUUUGAGAUGACAUAUGACCGUCGCACUGGAAAGCCAAUAGCUUCAACGGUGACUAAGAUCGCACCUGAAGUGGUGUUGAGCGAAGCCCGUGUUACCGGGACAGUGACUACAGAAGUAAAGGGAGAAGGUUCUGGGGACAAUACUGGAAGAAUUUCGUAUGAAAAUCGUGGUGAAUGCUUCUUCUUACCUUAUACUAAAGACGACGUUGAGGGUAAUGUCACUUUGCGCACUGGUGACGCUGUCAGUUUCCAAAUAGCAACAAAUCAGCGAGGAACGUUGGGAGCGUGUCAUGUCCGCUUUGAAAAUCCCGUGCAUCCUGUCAAAUAUCACGGAGUGGUUUGUUCCAUGAAGGAAAACUUCGGUUUCAUUGAACGUGCAGAUGUAGUGAAAGAGAUAUUCUUCCAUUAUUCGGAAGCUAAGACUAAAGAGGAGCUGGUUUUGGGAGAUGAUGUAGAAUUCAUCAUUCAAACUAGAAACGGAAAGGAAGUGGCUUGUAAUAUAACAAAAUUGCCAAGCGGUUCCGUAGUGUUUGAGGAUGUAAGUCCGGAGAUAAUGCGUGGACAAGUGUUGAAGCCAUUGGAGCGCGGGUCCUUGGUGCGCGUGGCUCAAAACGAUCCCCUGCCUGGCCGCAUCAGAUACCGAGCAGCUGACCACUCUGAAGUAGAGGUACCUUUUGGAGACAAAGACCAAUGUGGCGAGUUCACUCUUCGCCAUGGGGAUUGGGUACAGUUUCAAGUCGCUACAGAUCGCAGGGAUCAGUUAAAACGUGCCACAAACAUCUCAUUGUUAGAUGAAUCAUUCAAUGUUUCUGGUGAACGGAGGGAGCAAGGAGUAGUAUGCUCUUUGAGAGAUGGUUUUGGAUUUAUUCGUUGUGUUGAGAGGGAACAAACUAUGUUCUUCCACUUCGCUGAAGUACUUCGUCUUGGUCAAGAACUCAGUGUAGGUGAUGAGGUGGAGUUUACAGUAGACCCAUUGAGUACAUUCUCAAAUAUGAACAAUCGCCAAUCUGGCAUCCGCAUCAAGCACCUGCCGCCUGGAACUGUAAAGUUCGAAACUCUGAUUGAGCAUGGCGCCCGCGGCGUUGUCACCAAGGAGGCUCAGCAAUAUCCGUCUUCCACUUCCAGCAGUUCCAGCCCAUCUCGGCCCCCACCAUCGGAAUACAAUGGCUUGAUUAGUUGGCAAGUAAACCAACAGACAAAGAAAUCAAUUCCAUUCUCAGCGAAAAAAUGUGAAUCCAAGAUGCUGCCGCGUAACGGCGACGUUGUUACUUUUGACUUAUACCAGAUAAAGCGAACAAAAGAGUUGGUGGCCAAGUCGGUACAAGUACAGCAUAGUCUUACCAAUGGGAAUAACAACAAUGGCUCCGGCAAUCGGCCUCUUAUGCAAGGCUUUAUUGCUGCUCUCAAAGAUGGAUUCGGUUUCAUUGAAACUUCGGACCAUUCAAAAGAAGUAUUCUUUCAUUUUAGUAAUUUGGAAGGCAAUCCAGAUGGCCUGGAAUUAGGCUGUGAGGUUGAGUAUACUUUGGGACGAGUGAACGGGUCUGGCGGUGGGUGCGCGAGUGCUGAGUACGUGCGGGUGUUACCUCGCGGCUCUGUGCCCAUCGCGAAACCGCUUGACCCGACACUCAACGGAACGGUCACCAGGACUCUACGGGCUUUGAAUCCCGACCAAGCCCACUAUUCCGUAAAUCAUUUAUCUCCAGGACUGAUCCAAGUAGAAGGUGGCACCUCGUAUGAGUUCGGUAUAAUGGGAUUGGCGUGCAAGCGUGAAAUACUACAGGUCGGCGACCCAGUCACUUUCCAGGCCGACGUAGAGGGGCGAGCUACAAACAUUGUGCCAAUUAGGAAGAAGAGGCGUGCCACUGUUGACGCUAUUAAAGGAGGAUUUGGUUUCCUGUCUCUGGAGGCUGAAGACAAUCGUCGUCUAUUUUUCCACAUGUCAGAAGUCCGUGGUAAUCCUGCAGAGCUACAGCCCGGUGAUGUGGUCGAGUUUGUAAUGCUGACCAACCCUAGGAAUGGCAAGUCAUCCGCUUGCAACGUCGUAAGAAUUGGUGGCAAAGGUUUCGCGGGGGGCAAGACCAGAUGCGAACGUCCGGAGCGUCUGUUGGCGCGGCUUCGUACAGCCUCGCUCGAGGAUUCUAAUGGGCCACGGGUAGUCGUGUUACGCGCCCCUCGUGGUCCUGAUGGUACUCGUGGUUUCCGCCCACGUCGACCUAUCGCAGAACAACUAGCUGAGUAAGAUCAAGACAUCAGCACUAAGGCCUCAACCAUGUAGGUAAACAUCUUAAUGGUUUGAUUUUCCACUUCAAAUUUUUUCAUUGUAUUCAUGAGAGACUGACUUAUCCUCUUUUCUUUAGCAGCAUUUAGGAAAUUGUUUUGUUAUUUUUACUAAUUCUAGGUGAAAACAAUAAAUUAUUGUCAGCUGUCAUUAAUACAGAUCAAAUACGCGUAAAUAUGAUUGUAUAACAUCAAUAAGCAAGGUACAUAUCAAUUAAUCAAACCAAUUUGCGUUGCUUAUUUUCAGUUCAUUUAUGUAAGAGGUUCUUUUUCGCAUAGAGACGUUGUUCAAAAUUCCGUUUGCACCAUUCCUUGGCCAAUGUAAAUGUUAUGGUUUGCCAAGUUCAAUAUGUAUUUGUCUGCGUUGUCGCGACACAUGCCACAUGAAGUUGACGUGAGCACCGAACAGCUAGCCAUCUGAUUAUUAACUGUUCGCUGUAUUGGGAUUGGCAUUCAAAAACAAUGUAAAUAUUUUAUAGAAGCUAGGUAUAAUGUGUAUAAAAUGCUCAUAAUCAAAUGAACCCGGCUAGUGUGUGAAUCCAUUGUCAAUGAAGUAUCAUCAGGUAAUGGUUAUAACAUGAAUGUUGCAUACACUGUCUGUCAGCUGGAAAUAGAUUUUCGUCGAAGCUUAGUGUGUCUAAGUUAACUGUGUAAGUAAGGUGCGUGAUGAACUAAUGUAAUAAAUUGAUGGACAUUUGAUACACGUUGUUGCGGUUAUUGUUACGUUUAGUAGAUCUCUUUAUGCGAAACAUUCUGUGAUGAUGAAAAUUUGUUGUGCAAUAAAAAGAUAAGAUGUUGUCCUCACAGGACAGUGCUAGUCUCUUAGUAUUAUGCGAUCCCCGCUCGCCACGCGUGCACUUCAUAUGAUAUGUGUCGUACACUGUGCUAUUGUGAUGAUGGCUAACCUUAAUUAACGAACAAAAUAUUCAUUGUUAAUCGGAAAAGCAUUUAUGCAAUGAACUGGAAUGGAACCAAAGACUGACUUAAAAUAUUUAUAACAGUAAUACUUAUUGGUAUUAGAUUAUUUUGAUCGGCUAAUUGAUGUGGACCCAGGUGUUCAUUGUGGCCAUAGGUUUGUAACAAAUGAAUGUUUUCAGGAGAAAUGUAUUUGAUUUAAAUUUUUAGUUUAUUAAAUUAUGGAAUCAAAGAUAUCUCAGUCUGCAUUCUAUUUUAAUAUAUAAUGUAACAACUUAUUAGUGUAGGUAAGUCCAGAACAUCUACAAAGUCAUGUGAUGUAGCGAUCUAAUUUAAUGUCGUUAUGAUCUAACAUACAGCAAUAACGUUUUCUAAAUUAUGUAACUACCUCCUAUGUACAUAUAUUAUAUCAAACUAACAACGACGAUCCUACUUAUUUGCUUGUAAAGCGGUUAGGGUACUACUACUUCGGAUGUAAAGUAAUAAUAACUAAAUUUAUUGUUAGCUGCUUCUCAAUUUAUCAGUAUCUGAAUAAAAUGAACUGGAAACUUUCCAGGAAUUGAGAAGAAACUGCCCAUUGUACCAGGAAGUGCGCUUCAACAAUUUAUAAGCUACAAUUACAUAAUAUUAUUGUGUUAUUUGUAGUGACUCCAAGAAAUAAAGCAAUCUUAUGUAUUACAAAAAUAAUGAUGCAUUAUAUAUUGAGUACGUUUGCGGCUUGUCGAUGGCGAACCUAUUUUGUACAUAAUACUCAUUGUGAGAAAUCCAAUUAAAAGAAAUAAUUUUGUGUUUGGAAUUACUUAAGGAAACGCGGGUAAAACUGUGAUUGAUGAUAGGGAUCUCAUUGGAUGGAUAUAAUUAUAUAUGUGUAUUAUUUAUGUUGCUUUAUAUCAAAACUUGUAAUCAAUAAAUACUGCCUCAAGCAAUUGUUUAGGUUUUUUAAUUUUACAUUGAAGACAUAGUCAUCAAGCUUAAAGUCUUAGUAGACACCCCGUAAUUAACAAACCAUGUAUCGAUGGCAAUACUAUGGCAGUUAUUAAUGGCAAUACUAUAAGAAGAAGCUUAUCUAAAGUGUAAAGAGAUAUUGCUUUUACUGGUUUAAUUAAUUUGGCCCACUGCAUCAAAGUAAAAUUUUUAGUAUUAAAAGUAACAUUACGUUUGUUGACGCAGGUUUAUUUUUCUGAGUAUUAUUUAAUGAAUUAUAUUACUUUUCUUAUUGUCUAUAUUACUUUUGAUUUUGAAAUAGUUUUAGUUUUUGAUUUUGUGUUAAAUGUAUCCAUUGCCAUCCCUAUCAUUGUAACGGCGAUCUAUCUGUAGAUUCACAUACGGAACUUGCAACGACGAUGUGUAAAAGUGAGUUGUAUUUUAUAUUAUAUAAAAUAAAAUCGUUUUUGGGAUCGCACUUUGAAUAUAUAGAAUACAAUACAGCUUAUUGGAUUUGCGUUGUGUGUUGGAAGUUGAGUAAUGUGCUUCGUUUCUUUCCUUCAUUCUUAAAAGUGUUUAGGUACUCACUGUCUCCAUUGUCGCGCAAUAGUUUGGAUAACAAGCUAUUGCAAUCUCGCCUGACUAAACGCACACAACAAAAACUAUAGUACAUGCAUAGUUUUACCUCGUGAUUAUUGUUAGAUAUAAUGGUAAACACCACGUCUCCCUUAAGGACUUAUGACCCUGUGAUAGCUAUAACAAACAAGGAUAUAUAUUGAUUAUAAAAAAAUUAAGAUGCCUUAAAUAAUUGAAAUGUUUGAGCCUCAUCACCAUCUUUUGUUGAAUUGUAUUAAUUUUGUUGUGAAUUUUAUAAACAUUGUUCCAAUUUGGAAAUCGCAAUAAAUUUAUCACAAAGAGAAAAUACUUGCAUCCGUUAUACUUAAAUAAUACAUAUAGGUACGCUAGUGAUACGGAACUUGCGAACAGUGAAUAGUCAAGUUUGCUCGUGUACCUUUUUCUGUGUAGUUUGUAAUAUAAGGAAAUUAGAUUGAGACGCGAGACGAUAGCGAGACUUGCGAAUCCGUAAAGAAGAACAAAUGUUGCACAUAAUUGUGUAUUUACUAAUCAUUCGAUAAAGUCGACCCUCAUCUUCUGCUUGAGUAAAUGAUAGCUUGGUGAAACACAAUGCCGCGUGACAAAUCAGAUUUAGUGCCCAUUUCACUGUACUAUGGGUGUUUGUUCCUAAUAAAUGAUAAUUCAUGCGAAUAUGGUUUAAGCGUCGCCUCGCCUCGCCAAGAAUGGAUGACAUACCAGUUGAAAGGAUUCGAUAUUUUGUAUUUUGGUGCCUUUCCAUUCAGCAAUAACUACUAAAACAACAAUUUAUUCUUCCUUGAAUGUUUUAACAUUAUACGUACCUUUUAACUUCAUUCAUCUUUGGUGAUGCGUUUAGCCAAUAAUAACAUAUAAAUCACGCAGGGCAUGUGAAAUUUAUUAUAAGUAUCACUAGAUAGACCGCAUAACUUACUCAAAAUUACAAGAAGCAAUUUAUUUAUCAUCUUAUGAUAAAAAAAUACUUGAAUAAUUUCUACUGACAAAAUUAUGUAAUUUAUUAUUUAUGAUUGGCAUCGUUCUUAGAUUUGAUAUUGGCAGAUAUUAUAAUUUUGUUAAUGGGUAAUGAAGUCAGUUCGAAAAUAGGCUUAGAUGAUAUGAACUUUACUUUCAAAGUGAUGACUUGGCUGUGAGUUUGAAUGAAAUUUUGUUACGUGUAUAAAUUGAAGCUCUCAACGCGAUAACUUACGGUUGUUUGCGACUUAUACGGUCGACAUUUUGUACUCCGCUUCUACGGCCUUGCAGUAACUGUGCUUGCUUUGGACACAAGUCCAUUAAACAACGAUUGUAAUAUGCACCGUAAAUUUUUAGAUGUCUUACAACUACAUCUCAGUUUAUAUUUGCAAUGGAUAAAUGAAGUGGGUUGCCGUAGUAAGACGAGAAACACAGAGUAUAUCACAAGUUUUCGUCGGCAUUUCGGAGUAUUAUUUUAUAAUAUUUUUGUAUAGUAAGGAAGCAUCAGUCAUCGAUUUUUUAAGUCUUCCAAUAUGCUAAUCUAUUUCUUAUUAUGACUACCAAGUUUGUAUCUCUAAUAUAUAUUUUUUUACUGUGACUAUUUAUAUCCAUGUUUUUAUCUACCAUCAAAUCUAUGAACGACUAAAUAAUACCAAAUAUCAGCAUUUCUGAAAUCAUCUGUAAUAGAAACACUUUUGUGGACUGACAUUCGAUUAAGCAAUAAAAUAAUGUGUUCACAUGUAAAUGUACGGAGCGCAAAUCAGCUUUCGUGGACGUAGUGCACCCUAGUGUAUACAUGUUACGGUUUGAUGUUGUCUACAAGAUAGUUUACGGGGUGUAGGAACCUGCUUCUGUACGCCAUUCUUCUCUCAAGGGCCUGUUUCAACACUGCCGAAGAAUUUUUUCGUAGCCUGAUUGGCACCAUUCUUCAAAAAAUGUGACACAUUAGCUUAUCUGAAAUUUUACCAGAAAUGGUGAAUCAGGGCAGUAAGGUAACCCUUUUGUGCAAGUCAUUCUAAUAGAUACAACAUGUUUCUCCAGGUCUAUCAAAAGAUGUCUGUACACAAUAUACAUGACGUUCUGAUAGUGUUGAAUAGACUUUAUGGCUUACUCAAUUGAAAAAGUGCAAGUAAUUUGAUAUCCAGAGCGAGGUUAUGUAGCAAAGUGGGGGGGUAGCAAAUGAAUAGGAGUAUUUUAUUUUCGAAAUCAGCUGUUACUUAGUCCUGAAUUCUUAAUUCAAGAUGGUAGGAUCAAAUAAGCCUGUGAGUUUAGUUUAACUUCUUUUCCUCGUCGAAAAGAAACCAUUUAAUAAAUUUGGAGCCUGAAAAUUAUAAUAAAAAUAAGACGAAUUACCCAAGAACACAACGGAUCGACUCUCUUAAACAUAUAUCUGUCCCAGUGCGCUAAAAUCUUUUUUCCUGUUGUAGAUCUUGGGUAAUCUAUUGAAGUUUACUAGGUACACCUGGGGAGAGCCCAGGGGUCUUGGUAAAAAUAAAGUAGGCCUCACAGGAGCAGCUAUUGCACCCCGUUCGGCUAGCAUCAUAAUGUUCUCACUAUUUUUACGAUUGUACUAUCAGAAUUCUUGGAUGUUUAGUAUAAUCUUGGUAAUUACGGAUAUGAUAGACGUUAUAUUUAAUGACGAUGACAAUUUGACAUCUCGAAAGUUCGGCCGCGUGAUCACGUAGAUCAUACAUAGUUGUAUUUAAUAAAUAAGGCAUUGUAGACUAAUUGUUUAGGACUUGCAUCUUUUCUCGAGAGCAAUAAUUACUCAAGUAUGUUACAUCUAUUCGUUGCUAUUAAUACGGUAUCAUGAAUAAGUAAUCGGUAUGUAGCUAUAGUGUCUGUGCGGAACUUGUUUAUUGGAAAUAUGUACAUAGUUAGGACGGCGUCGGCAAUUCGUUGAUUGUGCGACUCCUCGGUGUCAAAUUGUCGCCCAGAACUAAUUACGAGUACUUUUAAGUGCUUACGCUUUUUUAAUAUGUAAUCCCAAAGAAAAUAGGAAUUUUGAACAAACGUUAUAUGCUUUACGCUUAAAACCACAGUCUUUAUUAUACUGUAUCAAAUAUAAUAAUAUGUAUGCCCAUGUAACCAAUAUAAUAGUCAUAGUGAAAAUGAUGUAAUAAAUAAUCGAAAUAUUUGAUGUUGUAGUGUAUGGAACUUAAGCCCCGGAUCAUUUCGGGUAUAGGUAUUAUUAUAAACUAGUCUUAAACAUUUGGUUUAGUCCCAUCUCAGCACCUUCCCGUCUUAGCACUUAUUAAUUUAUUUUUCAUGCCUGCGAAACGGCAUCUACCUACAAUCAUUGUUAGGUACCUACAUAUAAAAGUGGAGACAGUGUCAGUAUAGUCAGUAAACCAACUUUCACAGGCAUAUACUAUUUGUACAAAAUGUAGAUUUUUCAUAUGCCAUUUUUAGGAUUUAUUACUUUAACAGUAAUAAGCAGAGAACUAAGGCCCUUUUCAUUGAACGAUCAGAACGCCUGUGAAUGUUCUAGAAAUACCUUGAUUUUGACCACCUUAUUAUUCUAAAAAAAGUUAUUUUUGUAACAGAUAUUAAUUUUGACUAGUUGUCGUUUCUUUAUAUUUAAGUACCUAAGGGGAGGGCGCCGGGGGGAAUUUGUUUUCAUAGGCAUAAUAAAUAAAUUCUUGGACAUCGAGAUGGCAAAAUGCUGAGAUGGGACUAAACCAAACAUUUACGCCCGGGCGCCUGUCACGAGCAGAUGUAUUUUUAAGCUAAACGGCUAACAAAUAUGAGAUCUGAUAAGGAAAACUUCAUUUCUUCCUUAACCAUCGAAAGUUUCAGUGUAGCUACGAAUUUGGCGAACCAGUAAAAUGUAAUCAGUGCCUAAAAGAACCUCUGGGAGAUGAAAAACCAAACAAAAUGUGAAAUUAUUUAAGCAUUUCAGAAAUUACAAACUUUGAUUAAUCAUAAGAGUUUAUUUUUAUUUAAUUCUUCGAUUGUAUUCUGUAGACAACUAUCUAUGCCAAAUGUUUAUACAGCCCUGUACAUUUUUAAUAAUUGUGAUUAAAACAAUGUACACCACCUUAAUCGCGUUGUAAUACCUUAAUUUGUAUGUCCGUAUUCCACAACCACAAAAAAUCCUUCAGUAAACUAUUUAUUACCUGUUUGCUAAACAUAGGCAUCACAUCCCUAAUUUGCAAAAUAAUUACAAGAUUGGGCUAAAAAGUUAUUAAUUAACAGUAAGCAUCACUUAUUAGAUUUUUUUUAACAUACCGAAAUAUGAUUGUUAUAUUAUAUAUUCAAAUGCGUAGUUUCUAACUAGUCAAAUUCAAUAGUUUUCUGAAAUGUCGAAAACGACAAGUUUUAUGAUUUUUGUAUUAAAUAGCAAUAUGUAACGUCAUAUUUAUCUAA